UGUGUUAAUGUAUUUUCAGUGAUGCAAAGUCGGUGAUCUCGUCAGAAGUUAUAUCGGUCAUUCUUGAUAACUGGCAAAGUAAUCCAAAUUUCAAUAUAUCAUUAACAUUGGCAUAUUUCCAGACAAAUUCGGGCCAACCAAAAUGCACAUUUUGGAACAUGAGCAGGUCAGCCUGGGAUACCAAUGGAUGUACUCUCGCAAUACAAGGAAGUAAUUCCUCCAUGUGUGUUUGCAACCAUCUCACGAACUUUGCUAUUCUUAUGAGUCCUUGGACUGAGAACGUGGAUACCACGGCUUUGGAUGUGAUCUCGAUAGUAGGAUGCAGCAUUUCAAUGCUUGGGUUGAUCAUCACAGUUGUUGUACAUUUUCAUCUAUGGAGAUAUGUGAGGUCGGAUCGCGUGGUUAUCCUCAUGAAUUUGUCGAUUGCGCUUAUCUCAUCAUACGCAGUUUUCAUAGGCGGGGUUGAUCGAACAGAGAAUAAGGCUCUGUGUACAGCUAUUGCGGUUCUAUUGCAAUACAUCUAUUUGGUUGUGUUCUUUCUGAUGUUGGCGGAGGGAAUAGAGAUCGGAAUAACCGUACCUUAUGUCUUUGUCACGAAAUCCAGAUUGAAGUGGAUUCUUCCUGCAGCAUGGGCAUUGCCAGCAGUCAUUGUUGGAGUUUCCAUGGGAGUCACAAAGCUUGAGGGAUUUGGAAACACCAAGUUUUGCUGGCUGUCUAUGGAAGGCGGUUUGAUUUGGGCAUUUGUUGCACCUGCGAUGCUAACUAUUUUGGUCAACUUUGUUGUGCUGAUUCUUGUUAUCAGGACGAUGAUUCGUUCUAAAACAUUAUCAGAAAAGUCAAGAUCAGAGCGAUCAAAAGCCGGCGUUCGGUGUAUGUGCGUGCUGCUUCCGCUUAUGGGUUGUACGUGGGUGAUUGGUCUCCUCUACGUGAACGAGAGCAUGGCCUGGGUCCAGUACGUGUUUGCAGUGUGCAACAGCUUACAGGGACUGGUGAUAUUUGUUUUCCAUUGUGUGCUAAAUGUACAGAUUCGAAAUGCUUUACUGAAACGGAAACACCGUAAGCAGAGCAAAUCGUUAAUUUCAACAAACAGCGCAUCAUUUGUCUCAACACGUGUCACGGAGGAGCCUGUUGCUUUGCCAAAGAUUAAUCUUUCAACUGCAAAACGUACACCUAGAGGCAGCUUACAUUCAGCUGAUGAUGCCACUGGUGAUGUGCUACAAGCAAGUGGUCUUACCGAAAUAUACAAUGUCGACACAUUGUUUUAGCAUGCAAUAUUAAUAUCCCAAAGAAAGUUUAAUAAUUAUUAAAUAAACCCACUAAUUAAUUUGAACAUAUCGACAUGCAAAUCAAAAACAGUCAUGAUUGUGAUACACAGAUAGUGAUCACAGCAGUUAAAAGACUUUUUUUUCUUUGAAGAGGUGACUUUGAUUUUGAGUCAGUUUGAUUGACUAAUGACUUCUGGGCAUCUUCAUAAUAUUGACUUGUUAUAAAAAUAAUUCAAUAGUUAACUGGGAUAUUAGGCAAACACAAAACAGAAAAGAAAAGGCUCAACUUCUUGUGCGACAUUGACCUUCAGCCGGUGUAAUUAACUCUAGCUUUCUGCAAUUCACAAAAGGACAUUUAUAUUACUGCCCAAUUUAAUAAAAACACUUUAAUGGGUAAAUAAAUUACAGAGCGAACACACAAAGGAGGCUCAAACUUUACGCAAAGGGACAUGUAAUAUUACUGCCAAAUUUAAUAAAAAUUCUUAAAUGGAUACAGACACGAGAGAGCGAACACAAAAAAUAAGGCUGUAACUUUGAACCCCUGAAGUAUGACAUAAGCAAGCUCCACGAUAAUCCAUCAGAGGAUAUAGGAGCUAUGAAACUCACACGAGCGUAUAACAGACUUACGGACGUACGAACGGUCGGACGUUAUCUUUCACCUUAUGCCUAUUUCUAUUCGUCGUUUGUAUCGUAUGUUGAAGUUUAAAUUGUAUGAUAUGCUUAAAGAAACUGUAGGUUG